ACGGGAGCGACCGGUGCCGCGGUCUCGACUGGCCAACCCCGCCGGCGUCUGUGCCUCGGGACCGGACUUGAUCAGUGCUGGGAGCCGAGAGCGGUCGAAUAGUCUCUAGAAAAGCACCAAAACCAACACCAAACCAGCACGAGCUCAACGACAGCCCAGCGUGCGACUUCCUCCGCCAGAGCAGCUGUGAGUCCCAGGACAGUACAGCAACACCUAAAGCUACCUAAAGGUAGCGUGUUCCCCUCUCCCACCACCCUUUGUGUAAAGUAGUGCCUCCCGUUCUUGGUUGUAGAUGCAGAUCUUCCCAGUAGGUUCCACCUGUGCCCUGUUUCCCCAUUCAGGCUGCAGAAAUCUGCCUGGGUGACUUUGUUAGGGCCUUAGACGAUUUAGUGAAUGCAGCGCAGCACAACACAACACAACACAACACAACACAACACAACACAACACGGUAUAACACAACCACGUCCAUGGGAGCAUAAGGAAGGUGACGGAUCCACAACAGACGCCAACACAGACCCGACAGCAGCAGUGUCCAGGGGAUGUGUGUGUAAAUAACCAGGCGGCGUCACAAGUCUGGACCCAGGACCUGGCACAGGGAGCCCCAGUGGCCUGAUCGUGCGCUGGCACGCGGCCUGGCCAGAAGAGGAACCCACCAGCCCCCCAUGACGGCCACGACGGACGCAGUCGCGCUGGGAGCGCAGAUGUCAGGCCCUGCAGAAGCCACCACCUCCGGCCCGUGGCAGGAGGAGACGACCUACGACUACGACGCCAACGCCUCAGGCUGUGAGGUGCCCGUGCUGGCGGGCAGCGCCAGGGCGCGGGUGGGCCUGUACUGCGCCUUCUUCGUGGCGGGCGUGGCGGGGAACCUCGCCCUGCUGGCCGCGCUCUGGGCCCGGUGGAGGCGGCGCGGCUGGGGGCGCCAGAGAGGCUGGCGCCCCAGCGAGACGCUGGCCGCCAACCUGGCCGCCGCGGACCUGCUGUUCCUGACCGCGCUGCCCUUCUGGAUCGACAGCGAGCUGAGCGGCGGCGCCUGGCGGGCGGGCGAGCUGAGCUGCAAAGGGGCGCCCUUCCUGGUCGCCCUCAGCAUGAACGUCGGGGUGCUGAUGCUGACCUUCGUGAGUGUGGACAGGUACCUGGCGGUGGUCAACCCCAGCCUCUACCGCCGACUCAGCAGGGCUCUGUUCACGGGGCUGGGCUGUCUGAGUGUGUGGCUCGUGUCCCCCCUGCUCGCCCUGCCCGUGCUGAGAGCCCGGGUCCUGCAGGGGGUGGAACUGGAGGAUGGCACAGAAGCGAUGUGGUGCCAAGAAGAGGACGGCUCGUCCUCUCCGGGCCAGUCCCUGCUGCUCCUGCUCUUCAGCUUCUUCCUCCCUCUCCUCCUCGUCCUCCUCUGCUACUGCAGGAUCACGCGCACCCUGUGUCUGCACGCCAGGCGCUCGUCCAGCCUGGACACCCACCUCUGUCGCUCCUUCAAGAUCAUCUUCCUGGUGGUGGGGGCCUUCGUCCUGUCCUGGGUCCCCUUCAACACCUUCCGGCUGGUGGGCGUAGUGCAGCAGCUGCUGGCCCGCGACUCCUCCCCGUCCUGCGUGGCCCACAAGGUGGCGCAACUGGGCAUGGAGAUCACGGCGCCCCUGGCCUUCGCCAACAGCUGUGCCAACCCGUUCAUCUACGCCUUGGCGGACCGCUCCCUGCGGCGGGACAGCGCCCGCUGCCUCUGCCCCUGUCUCGUCAAAGCCCCCGUGAGCUGGGGCGCCAUCUCCUUCAGCAGCCAGCAGGGGGCGUCCUCGUCCGGCUGGAGGACCAGAGACAGAGCGGCGGGAGAGCCCGUGGGUUUGACCACGCUCCAGGACUGAGAGACCGCUGGACAGGGAGGGCGACCUGUCAAGACGGCCAGCUCUUCGUCCAGCUGCCCUCCGGCCACUACAUCGGGGUCACUGUCCGUGUCCGUGUUUGCUUUUCGCUUGCUGUUACGAGCGUUCUGAUCUGGGCCGUGUGGGAGACGUGGCAGGAGAAGAGAGGUUUCCAUUAAGUUGGAUUUAUUGAUAUCAUUCCCAGAUCAUUGUCCAUCCCUCUUCAGCAGAGGAGAACUCACCUGGCCAAGUCUCCUGGUCCCACAUCACGGGAGCUGUAGCUGUGCAUAGACCCGAGAGAUCAGCUGUGCCAGUGAAGAAUUAAAGGCAGCAGAAGAAGAAAAGGGUCAGUUCUCCUCACCGGACCACACUGUAGUGUUGCACGGCGCCUUGGAAAGCAACAGCUGCUCCAGGAAAAAUACAUUUGACUAUUGUAGAAAAAUCAGGACUGAAGCAAUUUCUGCAGGUUCCGGUUGUGCUGCUAAAGAUGGUUCCCAGUUUUGAGAAAGGUAUUAGUAUUUCAGGGCUUCUUUACCUCCAUUCUGCCUUCGCUGCUGGCGGCCCCUGGAUAGCUGUACAGAGAGCAGUUCCUGUCGUUGUUCUUGAGAUAUUUUCUGUCUUCGGCAGACCAGCUUCCUGUCCCACAGGUGCUUGCUGUUUUGCAUUUUGCUCAUUGUUUGCAACAAUAUGUUUCAAAGUCUGGAUCUCUGCGUAAUUCACCCCUCUUGGUAGAAUGACUAGGAAUUCUUAAGGCCCAUAAAUUUGUUGUUUUUUUUAACAAAUAUGUGUCCAGAAUAUUUGGCUGUAUGCACAGACAUGAUGUCUGGUCCAUUGGGUAGCUGGUAGUGAAUUUAUUCCAGGGUCUCCUGCAGACCACGUACUGCACAGCAGGAGCAGAACGGGCUGACAGAAAGGGGGGCGUGACGGCGGUGAUCCGGUGGUUGGGGGGCGUGGCAAGGGCAAACAAGUUCAGACAGUCCAAGGGGAAAAUCCGGGGCGCAGGCCAAAGUCCAAAACCGAACGAUCCAUCCAAGACGAGACAAACACGGUUAAAAUCCGGAAUGGGAUCCGGUACAGGGACAGGGAAUAAAACCAGGGUAACGAGGCCAGGCGCUCCGAGCCCAAAACUCAGAUGGUCUGGAUGCCAUGAUGAAGCCUUUUAUGGCCAGCAGCCAUAUCACUCUGCAGCUCAUAGCUGGCAGCCCACUGAAGUCAAGCAGGUGUG